AUGCCUCGUGGUGGUGGUGGUCUUGGUCUUCGUAACGGCGAGGAGGAGGAGGAGGAGGAGGAGGAGGUUGGUGAUGAGCUAAAGCAGGCACAGAACCAACCUCUUUCCCCGACAUACGAUACGGCGGCUGCAGGACCCUCUUCCCCCGAACCCUUCCAACGAAAGAGAAGCUUGAUUCGACCCGAGAGACACAGAAUCGACAAGGAUCACCCGAAUUACUACUACCGCCAGCAUGCCGCCAACAUGAACGUCUUGCCGUCCGCGACCGGAAACGACCCGAUUACCGAGGACAUGGAAGGGACAACUGACAUUUCAGGCCGCUCGCAGACGAACGAUAACUACUCCGAUGCUUCUCCGCCGAGAGGACCAAACAGCAGACAGGCUAGCUUGGAGGAGAAGAAGAACGGUCCGACUCGGACGAAGGAGAGGCGCUUGAGCCGACACAAGUCUGGCAAGCUCACUAAGGAAGGGAAGCGCAAACACCCGGCCGAGCAGGUCAGCCCGCCGAGUUUCUGGAAUGUCUACUGCGCAAUCAUCACCUUUUGGUGCCCCGCCUUCAUGCUGAAAUGCUGCGGCAUGCCUGCCAAGGCUCAGCAGCGCGCCUGGAGAGAAAAGAUUGGUCUGAUCAGUCUCAUCCUGCUCAUCAUGGGCUUCGUCGGUUUCUUGACUUUCGGUUUCAACCAGGCCGUGUGCGGAACUCCUCCGCCGCGUCUGCGCGUCAACGACGUGUCUGAAGGAUAUAUGAUCUUCCACGGAACCGCCUACGACCUGACGAAAUCUCGCCACCCUCCCGCUGACGGCGUCCCCAUGGUCAACCGUACUCAUGGUGCUAACGUUCUCUAUGACUUGCCCAACAACUACACGGGAAUGGACGGCAGCUUCUUCUUCCAAAACGUCAAUGGCCGUUGCAAGGGACUCAUCACCGCCGCCGACAAGUCUGACGUCCCCACGAAUAGCGCUGGCGAUCUGGCCUGGUAUUUCCCUUGCACGGCGUUCAAGCAGGAUGGAUCCUCGAAGCCAAACCUGACGAUUCCUUACUACCUCGGAUGGGCUUGCCACACGACUAGGAAGUCGCGUGACACGUUCUACAUCGAUUUGAGUGGAACUGCCGAUGUCUACUUCACCUGGAACGACAUCAAGAACAGCUCUCGUAACUUGAUCGUCUAUUCCGGCAACGUGCUGGAUCUUGACUUGCUCAACUGGUUCAACACCACCCAGGUUAAGGUGCCAACGCGCUUCAACGAGAUCAAGGACAAGAGCUCAGCCCUCAACAAGGCCGUUCGAGGACGCGACGUCACCAGGUCCUUCCAAUCUUCAAAUGACAAGCAGAUGGCGGAGUGCUUCGAGGAGAUUAUCAAGGUCGGAUCAGUCGAUACUGACACUGUCGGCUGCAUUGCGUCCAAGGUCGUUCUCUACUGCUCUCUCGUUCUCAUUCUGGCCGUCGUGUUGACGAGAUUCUUCCUGGCCAUCUUCUUCCAGUGGUUCAUCAGCAGAACCUACGCCGCAUCCAAGACAUCUCAGACCGGCGACAAGCGCAAGCGUAACCGCCAGAUUGAGGAUUGGUCCGAGGACAUUUACCGAGCUCCUCCCAGACUGCCCGGUGAUGUUGGAAGCAGUGUUAACGGCUCUUCUGAUCGCACCAGCAAGCGUGGCAGCUCAUUCCUUCCCACUACCUCUCGUUUCUCUGCUGUCUACGGCGCGGGUGCUGUACCUCCUGGUGGAAAGCGCGCGCCAAUGACCAUGGCCAGCUCUGGUGCAGGCAGCAAUAUGCUGCACCCCCCGGGCAAUGCCAUGUAUCGUCAGGGCAAUGACAGCCGCACCAGUUUCCUUCGCUCGGAUCCUUACACUGGCAAUGCCACCACUGAAGGUCCUGGACCGGCGGGCUUCAUCCACGAGGCUGUUGUCCCUCAACCGCCUGCUGACUGGAUGCCCUUUGGCUUCCCCCUGGCUCAUACGAUGUGCUUGGUUACCGCCUAUUCUGAGGGUGAUCUCGGUCUCCGAACUACUCUGGACUCUAUCGCCAUGACCGACUACCCCAACAGCCACAAGGUCAUCGUCAUUAUUUGCGACGGUAUCAUCAAGGGCAAGGGCGAGACGAUGUCGACCCCAGACUACUGCUUGGCAAUGAUGAAGGACCACACCAUUCUCCCCGAGGAGGUCGAGCCCUUCUCUUACGUAGCGGUUGCCAGUGGCUCGAAGAGACACAACAUGGCUAAGGUCUAUUCUGGUUUCUACGACUACGGCACCAAGUCCGCUAUUCCCCUUGAGAAGCAGCAGAGGGUUCCUGUGCUGCUUGUUGUCAAGUGCGGUACUCCCGAUGAGGCUUCCAAGUCCAAGCCUGGCAACCGUGGCAAGCGUGACAGUCAAAUCAUUCUGAUGUCCUUCCUUCAGAAGGUCAUGUUCGAUGAACGCAUGACUGAGCUCGAGUACGAAAUGUUCAAUGGUCUCUGGAAGGUUACGGGUAUCUCACCCGACUUCUAUGAGAUAGUGCUCAUGGUCGACGCCGAUACCAAGGUCUUCCCCGACAGUUUGACUCAUAUGGUUUCCGCCAUGGUCAAGGAUCCCGAGAUCAUGGGUCUCUGCGGAGAAACGAAGAUUGCCAACAAACGAGACAGCUGGGUUUCCGCCAUCCAGGUCUUUGAAUACUUCAUCUCCCAUCACUUGGCCAAAUCCUUCGAGUCUGUCUUUGGUGGUGUCACCUGUUUGCCCGGUUGUUUCUGCAUGUACCGCAUCAAGGCGCCCAAGGGAGCUCAGGACUACUGGGUUCCCAUCCUGGCCAACCCUGACAUCGUCGAGCACUACUCCGAGAACGUCGUGGACACCCUGCACAAGAAGAACCUUCUGCUGCUCGGUGAGGAUCGUUACCUUACAACUCUCAUGCUCCGCACCUUCCCCAAGCGAAAGCAGGUCUUCGUGCCUCAAGCCGUUUGCAAGACCACUGUCCCCGACUCUUUUGGCGUUCUGCUUUCCCAGCGUCGUCGCUGGAUCAACUCUACCAUUCACAACUUGAUGGAACUGGUCCUGGUCCGUGAUCUCUGCGGUACUUUCUGCUUCAGUAUGCAGUUUGUCGUCUUUAUCGAGCUAAUGGGAACUCUCGUAUUGCCUGCUGCUAUUGCCUUCACCUUCUACGUCGUCAUCAUCUCUAUCGUCAACCAACCGCCGCAAAUCAUUCCACUCGUCCUUUUGGGUCUCAUUCUCGGUUUGCCCGCAGUAUUGAUCGUUAUCACCGCUCACUCGUGGUCUUACGUCGUAUGGAUGUUGAUCUACCUCGUCUCCCUCCCCAUCUGGAACUUUGUCCUUCCCACGUACGCCUUCUGGAAGUUCGACGACUUCUCCUGGGGUGACACCAGAAAGACAGCAGGCGAAAAGACGAAGAAGGCGGGUCUCGAGUACGAGGGUGAAUUCGACAGCAGCAAGAUCACCAUGAAGAGGUGGGCCGAGUUCGAGCGCGACCGCCGCACGCGCAGCAACUACUGGGGCUCCAAGGAGAACGUCGUCGGCGGGGGCAACACCUGGUCGAUGCCUCCUGGCCACCAGUACAACGAUGAGUACUACCACUCUGACGCAUAA